AUGUUUGGGUUUUCUGCGCCUGCAACAUCUACAGCUGCAUCCACUACAACAUCCACAGGAUUUGCUGCAGGUUCACUUUUUUCAACUGCAGCAACCACCUCUGCUCCAUCUACAACAACCCAGCCCUCUUUGACUUUCGGUGCUGCACCAGCUACGACUGCAUCGGCUCCGCUUUCGGCCGCGACCGGUUUAGGCACUGCAACGACCGAAAGUUCUGGCACAGAUGCAACAAAGCUUUCUCUCAAGGGACUAUUAGAAAAAGAGGGAUCAGUUGGGUCAGCGUGUUCCCAGCUUCUUGCUGCUCUGACUGCUGACACUGAAAUUAGCUUUGCGGACUUGUCUGCGAUUACACAAAAAAUGACGAUGGAUCUGGCAGCUGAUGAGCGAUCAUUUCUGAACUGUUUGCUUGAGCUAAACGCUUAUGACCGACAGUUAUGGGAAAACAUGCAACGAAUUACUGAUGUUGAGUCAAAAUUGGUUACAUUGGAGCAGAAACAGGAUAAAAUGAUGUACGACAUCAGCUCCAUUAAUGAAGAACAGAAAGCACUUGAUGCUGUCGUCACUGCGUUAGAGAAAGAUCUCGGCCUUCCGGAUUGGACUGAUCAAAAUCAUAGCCUCCCAGUUGACGCCUUAGCAGCAACUCCUGGAGAUGUGAAAAGGCAACAGCUUUUGCAUCUUCUAAUCAGCGUGGAUUCACAAAUCAAAGAGGCAGAUAGUGAUCUUCAGGAAAUAAUUGACCAAGUAUCUUCUCUACAUAAGACGAAAUCAGCGAUGUCCAACACUAAGAAAUAUACAGAAGAUCAAGUAGCACAAAUCCUGAAAAAUCAGAUGGAAACUUUAAUCUACAUUGACAAAAAGACAGGAGAGCUCGAUGCUAAAGUUGAUGAGUUCAAAGAUGUUAUGGACGGGCGACACGCUACACUUUCUCCUCCGUGAUCUCUACUGUUUGAUAUUAUUGUUUUGGCUCCGGUAACUUUGUUAAUUUCAUGAAAAUCACACAUUGUUGAUUACUGGUUCAGUAAAUUCCUCCAUACGAUUGUUUUUCUAGAAUUUGAGUUAUUUUAUGCAGUACCGAAUUAUAUUUUUGUCGCUAGUAACUGUCAAAUACGUCGCAAUAUUUUGUGUGAAGGUGAUGAGCUGUGCAUAUACAUGCUCUAUGAAAUACUCCCUGACUGGCUUACUAGUGGGCUUUUCUUGCAUUGUAAACGCUUGCUUAAUUAAGACCUUCGGAUUGGCGGAAAAGUUUUACAUUUACA